AUGACCGCAACAUUUCCUGUCAUAGCUUCCGCUGGUAGCGGUCCAGCUGCAGCGCUUGCUCUCAACUUGAGUACAGACUCCAACGCCUGUAAAUCCCAGGAUAAGCAGGCUUUUAUCGAUGAGGCGCGAGAUCUUCUCGGAGUCACGCAUUCAGCAUUCGAAGCUCAUGAAGAGAGACGAAGCGAUAUUUCCAGGGAAAUUGACGAUUCGUCGUCAUUUGAAUCUUUCCCUCUGCUCCCCAAGGACCGAAUCGAAUAA